AUGGUAGAAAAACAUGAGGCUCAAUUUGGUACCAUAACGGCUCAAUUAUCCAACAUCACCGAGAUACUUUCAAGGUUGUCUCUACCUUCCUCCAACAACUCCAACCAACCCUCAAGCUCUUCUAAUCUUGCAUCCCAACCCCUUCCAAAUCCAAAGAAUGGUCUCAACGCCAUCACUCUAUGUUCAGGGGCUUGCGUGAGCAUCAUGCCACUCUCCAUAUUUGCAAGGUUGAAACUAUCUCUGUUAAAAAGGUCGGCCGCCAAGUUUGCCUUAGCCGACAAGAGUGUGAUCACUGUAAUGGAAAUAGCGGAAGAUGUACUUGUGGCAAUCAAGGACUUGGUAUUUCCGGUUGACUUCUACAUCAUUGAGAUGCCUCCAACAGAGAAUAGAAGUUCUUCCUCCGUUCUACUUGUUAGACCCUUCUUGAAGACCUCUAAAUUCAAAUUGGAUGCCUUCAUCGGCACAUACUCCUUUGAGGUCAGAGACAAGACAAUCAAGUUUAACUUGGAUGAAGCCAUGAAAUACCUUCCCGAAGAGCAUUCCGUUUUCUGA